UUCUCCUCUUAUAGAGCAGAAGUGGGGACAUUUUAUGGCGCAGGCAAUGUCUGGGUAACCUUCCUCUCCCCUUUGCUACCUGUGGGGCUCGGCUGCUGCUGGAGCUCUGCAUCAAGCAGUGCUGCUUGGAGGCAUCUCACUGGGAUCUGAGGACAUCUGCACCCGGGGUGUCGGGGCGGGGAGCACCUCCCACACGUGGCGAGGGGCCAGGAAUAGGCAUGAAGCCCUCAUCUUCCCACCAGCGGUAGGCGUGGGGAGAGGGCAGUUUCGGCAGGGAGGAUUCAGGGAGGCUGUUGCACCAUGCUCCUCCCGUCCAGCAGCUCCUGCUGCGUGAGUCAGCCCUCAGCAGCCUUCCUGACCUCACCCACGCUAGAUGCCACCGAGGCCUGGUGUCCCUGGGCUCCUGCAGAAGCAGAGUGCGCUGGCUGCCCGUGUAUCCUGCCCUCCUGAGCCCUUCCAUGAGGGGCUGGAAGAAGGGAAGGGCAGGCUGGUCCAGCUCGGCAGCUGGCAGUGCCACGCUCUGUGGCUCCCUGGGUGUUUGCCACAUCCCGUCAGGUAGAGCAAGUGCUGUGGGUUGCAGGAUGAUCUGGGAUGUUGCUCACUAUGUAAACACCGUGACCACAGGGGAAAUGUUCUCACUCCACCGGCAUCUGUCUAAAUUUAGCUGCUCUGAGGUCAUCCUUUUCCUCUGUCUCCUUGCUCCUGAUGCUGCAAGACACAGCAUCCCAUCUGCCUGAGGCUUGCCCAGAGCGCUGCGGGUCUGACCCUGCUCCUGGGCAGUGACCGGACCCUGCUGUCCCCCCCUGGACACAGCAACCCCCAGAGGUGCGCCCACCACCAUCGCUGCCUGCUGCAUCUUCCUAAUGGGACACACUGGGAUUGACUGGGCAGCUUACUGGUGGGCAGUGGGAGCGUGGGAUGCUGACGAUGGUGCAAGAGGCUGUGCUGCCUGUGAGAUGGAGCUGAAGCCUGCUGUGAUAGUGGAGAAGGGUCUGGGAAUGCAUUUGUGCAGGGGUUAGGGAUAGCAGGAGCUGGAAGCAGUUGGAGAGAGGUGUGAUUAGCUCUUUUAUUAAUUAAUCGGUGCCGUACAUGGUGCAAGAUUUUCUCUGUGCAGCAGGCAAGCCGUUCCCAACAGAGAAACGUUGGUGCCCUGGGCAUGCUGGCAUCUCCUUGACAAUGCUGGGAGUGUUGACUGGUGUCGGGCUUUGCCACACCCUGCAGUGCAGGCGGGAGGGAUGGACAGGUGCAGCGCUGCCGCAGAGUCCUGCACGGCCCCAUCAUCACCCAGAACCCAGCCCAGCACGGGCAGCAGGAUGCUGCUUGCCCUGACAAAUGCAUCCUCUAGAGGGAAGUGCCUGUCCAGAAAUGGGUCUGUGCAGCUGAGCAGGGACACACCGGGGUAUGGCACUGGGUGGCUGUGGGAGCACUGGGACAGCAAACACCUACAACUAUGGCACAUUGCUGCUCUCCUGGCUCUUGUCCGCUCCUCUGGGUUCUGGGCUGGCACGGCCCGCAAGAAACACCAGAGCUGAGGGACACCCCAGCUGUGGGAGGUGACAGCCAGCCUGUCCCCUUGGCCCCAGCUCUGCCUGCACUUGCGCUGCCAAAAUUACAGCUAAAUUGCAUGGCCAAACCCUGCUGAUCGGCAACAGCUCCUGGUGCAGCCAAGAAAGGUGCUUCACCCCGCAAGGAUGCCUGGGACCAAGAGUGGGGCUACAGCAUCGUCAAGGUGGCCCCAGAACAACGUGAUGAGCCCUGGACCCAGACGAGAGCUGGUUGAGGUCUGGGUGAGCUCCUGGUGGGGCCAGGAACGGGAAUAGCAGUGGAUCCUGCUGAACAGAAAUGUGGUUUAGAGCUGUUCCUUUCCUGUUCUGGUUGUGGGCAGCGGGUUGCCCACACUGCCCUCUGGGCUCCCUUCCCAGCUACAAUCUCCAACUCACCCAGGGACCGCAGAGCUGGUGGCUGUGGGACCAAGCUCACAAAUCUCCAGCACGGGGCUUUGGGGUAGCAAAAGUCUCCAUGCUACAAGGCUCAACAGCCUCAUGGGCUACAGUCCUUCCAUGCACAGGGUGGAGGGAGAUACCCCAGCCCACAGCGGUCCUGUCUCCCUCCAGGGGAUUAUCAGAACCCUCAGCCUCCCAGAGUUGUCUGCAGAGUCCCUUCUCCCUCUGCUUUACAGAGCAAGAGCCCAUCAACGUGCUCGGGGUUGUCCUGGGCGUCGGGCUGGCUUUGCUGACGUUGGUGUUUCUUGGCUAUGCCAUAGUCCGGUGGUACCAGAAAGGCCAGUGUUGGCGCCGGCCUGACUUUGUCUUCAGCCUUUACCACACCUGCGGGCUGGGGUCGGUGGCGGUGGAGUUGGUGCCACCGUUCACCAUCAGCGGCUCGUUGAGCAGGGCAGGGAGCAGCUACGUGCCCUUCCACGACCGAGGGCUGUGAGGUGGGAGCCAGGCUGGCACCAGCUGUAUUUCUGCUGCUGUCCCACUCUGGCCGUGGGUGGCACUGGAAGGUGGCCAGAGCUGGUUGCCAUCCCCGUGCCAAUGUGCUGGUGCAGCUUUCCUUGGCUCGAGAUGGAAGAAGAGGGAGCUGCAUUAUC